UGAGGCCAUAACCAAUAAGCCACUGUACCGGCGCAAACCGGGAAUGCUGGCGAAUGCCAAAAAAGCUACCGAAGAUGUAAGUGAUGUAACUGAAAAACCAGCAACUGAACAAGCACCAUCUGCCGACUCUAUACAUAGCGAAACCAAUCAAUAUCGUCGUGCUGGCGUUUAUUCUGCCGAUGCUGCAGAUUAUGCCUACAAUAAUGUCGAUAUUAAUCUGAUACGUCCUGAGAAUAAACCGUUACAUACAAAAAUAACGACCAAGUACACGAGUAGCAUCAGCAUACCGACAGAUUCUUUGGAGGAUUCCGAAACUGCUGAAGAGUACGUUGCCAAGGCAAUGGGUAUGUUUGGUUCCCGUUUGCGUGAACCAAUACACAUACCAGCUCAACCUGAAGCAACUGUGAAUAUAGCUCAGCCACAGCUUCACGAACAGCAGCAAUUGCAAGUUCAAUAUCAACAACCUAUGCAAAAGGAAUUGCAACAUUUCCAAGUCAUUAGCAAGCCAAACAAGUACCGUUAUUAUGUUUUAAAUAAAGACGCUGCAGAAAAGUCAACACAAGAGCAGCAACAAGCAAACGAACAGCAACAACAGCAGUCGCAACAAUUACAAUUACAACAGCAAGAGGCACACACCGCCGAAGAACAUAUAACAAACGAUUAUCAAUAUCAUCAACAACAACAACAACAACAACAACCGUCUAAACAGCGUAAAGAGUCGCAUGUUAAAAGUUUAACCGAAGCACAAUUUCAGGCUCAAUUUCAAGAGCAAAUGCAACAACAACAAGGCCAAUAUUUAACAAAACCGCAGGAUCAACAGCAAAAACUGCAGCAAGAAGCCCAACUAUCAGAGGAACUAGGUCCACGUCAGUACGCACCCACAGCUCCUGUUUAUGAAAAAGAUAUGUCGGGUCACGGUUAUGAAAUCUAUGAAGAUCCUAACUCCGGUGGUGAGAAUGCUGCUCAAUCAGAGGUCGAUCGAACUUACAGAACGAAAUAUAGUUAUAAGCCUGCGAGCGCUCUAUACCAUUUAAUGAAUUCGGGCGAUGAGGAAAGAGUCGAAGAAGAUGAAGACAAAAUACGUGUGUCUGCUUCCACUGAAAUACCGAAAGCCGAGAUUAUGAAGCAAAUUGAAAAGUCCGUCAUGAAGUAUAUGAAAGAAUUGGAGGCUGAAGGAAAAAUACUUACCACUCCACAAAAAGAUAUGAAAUCUUAUUAUAAAUUAAUUAACGCCCCGGGCAAUGAGGGAAAACCACUCGGUUCAAGUACUACCAAGCCAAGGUACACUUCAACACCCAUCAAUUAUCAACAGGAAACACCCUAUUCGAACAAGCUUUCGAGUUUAGCGGUUUCACCGUUAGGUAAACAUGAGAUACAAACACCAGAUUUAACUCAAGUACUGCCACCGAAUGUGGAAUUUGUGUAUAAAAUUAAAACCCGGGCCCCGUUACAAACGGCCACGGUAAAAACAGUUUCGAAGCCCUACAGCGUACCUCUUAAAGCCAACUUUGAUCAAUUCGAUCAUGCUUCCGCCUUAAAGAACCUCGAGGAAUUCGAUCACACGCAUGUCAUAACUCCACCGAACACUGAGGAACAUUUUCAACCCGCCACAAGUGCGUCUAGCAGCAAAUCUAAUAAAUUGUAUUUCAAUUCGGAAAUUUAUCAUGACAUUAAUUCCAUGCCUUUGAAACAAAAGCAACGCGUGGAGAAUGAGUACCGCAAGUUAAAAGCUGCUGACGUUCCACAUCCCGAUUACAAAGGUUACGGUAGCAGCGGCGGUGGCCUAGUUGCUGGAUAUUAUACUGAUUCUUCGGUUAGUGAAAACGAGAAAGAUCCAAGCGGUACUAAUGUCGAAGAAUAUCCAAUUCUAACACCCUAUCAAUAUGUGGUGAAGAAAGAAUCAUCGGGCAAUAAAUACGAGGAUUCAGGCAAUAGCAAUUACGAUGCAACGCGGUCGCACAAGUACAAAACUUUAGAUUAUGAGAAUAAUUAUGCACAGAAGUACGCGAACAAUCACGAUGCCUAUACCGGGUAUCAGCAACAUUCGUAUAAAGGUCUUACAUCUUCUCGUCACAGUCCUGGCAAACGUGGAAAACGGGGCGGCAGCGCACACGCUAAUUCGGCAAAAAAAUCCUCGCAUCGCAGCACCAAUGCCAGGGAUGUUGAAACCAGUUUCGCUCUACGUCCGCCACCGAAAGUUUAAGCCAAACCUCGACCGCAGAAUAAUUCGAAAUCCAAAUUUCACAUAAUUGCCAAUAAUCUGAGUUUAUGGAGGAUCUUUAUAAUGAAUUUUUUCAGCGCUAAUCUUAUUUAUUCAAUUAUUUAAUUAUAUUUACAUAAUUAGUUGUAUAUUUCUUCUCCUUCCCGUUUUUAAUUAUUUUUGGUAU